AUGCGUCUAUCAAUCCACGACCAACAGGAGACUCUUGGACUCUUUCGCUCCGAGGACUAUUCACCACCCUGCGCUGAGAUGAGAGGGUUUACUCUGAAUAAUGUUUGCCAGUGUGGCUUCUUCACUUGUCUUCUUUUCUUUUCUUUCGUGUCUUUAACCGCAGCAGUCAGCUUCGAUCUGACUGAACUUAGGAAUAAAGUUGCAAAAAUUAAAGUCAACCCAAGAGGAAAUCUAUGGGCUACAGGUAAGAAGCGUGUUUCCACCACCACUAUACCAAAAACCCAUCUUUCAUGUUUGCUUUGAAUGGAAUGACAUUGAUUUAGUUUCAGAUUUUCUCUCAGUAAUUCAUUUCUUUUUUGCUUCUUAAAAUGUUGACAUCAUCAUCCCUAAAGCUUUUCUCCUGUCUCUUAACUAAAGAGCGUUUUUUUUUUUUAAUUUGGCAGGACAUUUCAUGGGCAAGAAGAGCGUGAUGGAUUCCCCGCUGCUGCCCUCAGGGGAGGGACAGGGCGUUGAUGGGCUGGUUACUCUCUCUGAGGAGCCGGGUGCGAUCGGGGAGCUGUUCCAGGAGUUCCUGCGGGAGGCUCUGCAGGCGCAGGUGGACACACAAGAAAGCCGCUCGAAAAAUCAUGUGAGCUCCACAACAGAUCUGACCCCAUCACCACCUCCACCACCACCACCUUUUUAAGUUUUAAAAAAGAGAAAAAAAUAGACGUAAUUGAUAAUCAUAUGAUCUAAUGGCGUUUGAUGUUAUUUUUGUUUCAGGAGGCGGACUUGUUGAUGAAGAUUUUAGAGAGCUACAUCCAAAGCAGAAAGUGAGUCAGAGGAUGAUAUUCUGGCACGCACAAACACGGAUCUGAGAUCAGCUGGCCUCCAUGGGUUAAAUAAAUGAAUAAGACACAGUGUACAGUAUCCUGCCUAUUGUGAUUGUUAUCAAUAUUGUAUUAAUCAAUACAUUUGUAAUGUCUUACUUUGCCUAAGGCUUGUUUGCCAUUUUCAGUAUGCAUGUUUGUCCAGUCUGAUGCCAAUUUGUCCCAUUGUGUUGUCCUUAAGGUUAUUUAUAUUAAAUAACAUCUUUAUUUGCACUUCUCUGACACUGCCAAAUAAAUGAUGGCAAAUCUCACUGAUCGAUCAUGUUCUGAUUUGCAAAAGAAAA